CCCUGACACUAACACCAGGGUCCUCUCACACCUCGGGUUCCCCAUAACCAUUGGAGAUACUGCAUCUUAUUUCACCCUCAUCUGACUUCCUCAAUUUAACAUUCACAAACAACUAUUUUGAGCCAGAAAGUGUCUGGACUGUAAUCAUAACUGACCUUUUAGCAUAUACCCCAUAAAGUUGCCCCCCGAACCCCCUGAGUCCUGGAUCAUGUCUUUCUUGGUGCAGCAGAUGCUGGGGGAUAAGUUAAAGAACAUGAUGGGAGGAGGAGAAGGUGGUGAGGACACAGGUACAGCGACUGGAGAUGGAAAAGAGACCGCCGCAUCUAAGGGAAUGACCCGAGAGGAGUUCGAGGAAUACCAGAAACAAUUGGUGGAGGAGAAGAUGGAGCGGGAUAAAGAAUUUGCUACCAGAAAAGCAGAGAGAGCCAACCUGAGAGUACUGUUAAGAGACAAAUACAGGCUUCCGCAGAGUGCACAAGACGAUGCGACAGUUCAGAUAGCGGGUGACGACUUAGACUUGCCUGAGGAAUUGGCCAAGAUGGUGGAGGAGGAUGAAGAGCAAGAGGAAAGCAAUGAUUCCUUCAUGGCCAAACUGCAAAAUAUGGAAAUGGACUUUGAUACGAUCAAAGCCAAAGCUCAGAGUACGAUAACAGAAGUCAAACAAGCAGCAGAAGAAAAGUGUGUCCUGAUGUGAAAUCACAGUGCUUUUUUAACUAAGUCAAAUAAACUGAGGAUCAAAUGAGAUACAUGUAUUUUAUUGAUUUAAUAAUCUAUUCAAUGCAUAUAUAAUGUCUCAAUAAAACUGUGGAAACUGUGAACACCA